CUUUUUUGCAGCAGCAAGUUUGUUCAAGUUGCUUCUCAAUUACAUGCCAGAGGACAAGGCAUCCAAGAAGGAACGUCUGUUGAAAAAAGCACCGGCUGAAGCCGAAGGAAAAUCUGCCGAGUCUAAGAAACCCAUUGUCCUUAAAUACGGUCUUAACCAUGUUACCUACCUUAUUGAGUAGGUUGCCCUCUAAAUUCAUCAGUUUAUCCAUUGUGUUAUACACUUCAAAGUAAGAAAAGCAAUGGUUUUCAUUGUUCUGGCUUGUGCAGAACAAGGCUCAAUUGGUUGUUAUUGUUCAUGAUGUGGAUCCCAUAGAGUUGGUAGUGUGCCUCCCUGCAUUAUGCAGAAAGAUGGAGGUCCCUUACUGCAUUGUCAAGGGGAAAUCUCGUUUGGGAUCGAUUGUUCACAAGAAAACUGCUGCCGUUUUGUGCUUGACCACAAUUAAGAAUGAGGAUAAGUUGGAGUUCAGCAGAGUCCUUGAGGCUAUCAAGGCAAACUUCAAUGAAAAAUAUGAGGAGAAUAGGAAGAAGUGGGGAGGUGGUCUUAUGGGCUCCAAAUCACAGUCCAGAACCAAGGCAAAGGAGAAGCUUCUUGCCAAGGAAGCUGCUCAGAGGAUGACUUAGAAAUGUUCAUUUUUUUCCUAUCACCAUUAAUGGUGUUUUAUUUUUCCUUUUUGAUUAAAUGCUCCUUUGCUGUCAGGUGCAUUUGACUCUCUUUUUAUGUUUUUUUUUUUUUUGGCAGAGGAAUAAUUGUUAUAAUUCUAGUGAAUACUUUCAAAGUUUCCUUAGUAAAUGAAGUUUAUAAUUUAAGCUUUAUUAUGCUU